CUCACCUGAACAGCUUUAGAGCUUUAAAGAAUAUAUUCGAGGCUUUACCUCAUCUUUAAAGCUUUGUACUGCCUUUCCAUCUCCGGUCGAACUCCUCCUGGAAGGAGGCUCGCCCUGGAGCGAGACAGUCUGAGCAGAGGGGUGCUGUCAGUGGAGUCUGGGGCUGACACACACCUCGCAGCCGAUGGGGCUGCGGGGAGCCCGGGCGUGCCCGGGAGGAGCACGGGUGGCGGCUCUGUCCCUUUGUCCCUGCCCGGCCCGGGGGGACGCGCACGUGGGGACACACGGCCGGUCCCGCUCAUCGUGCGAGGGAUGCGAAACGAGUUAAUUUUGCUUGGAAUAGUUCCCGGCGGGGAAGGAGCUGACGUGUGGGGACGCCUCCGGGGAUGAGCCGCCGGCGGGGCCGGGCGGCUCGGCAGCCGGGACACGCGGCGGGCACCGGCCGCAGCUCCGCGGAAUUCCUGCUUUUCCUGCGAGCGCAUCGCGCCGGGCAGCCACGCUGCGGCUGCCAACGACAGCGCUUUAGGUCAUGACACGGACCCGCGGCUGAGGGGAAACCCGAGAGUUUGGGGGCUGGUUCGUGGGCGGGUUUUUCUUUGAAGUUGAGAAUUCCUUUUUGCUGAUGGCUUAAACCCGAGCGGCUGGGCUCGGCUGGCGCUGCGAGCGCCCGCGUGUUCUGCUUCCCCCGCAGGAGCCCGCCGCCGCUGGGAUGGCAGCGUAGGAUCCCGCAGGAUGGGGGCCCCGCGCAGGGAGCGGCCCCGCUGGCUGGGGACCCUGCUGGCCGCCUGCCUGGCCACCCUGCCGGCCGUCAGCGCCUGUCCCCGGCCCUGCGCCUGCCGCGGCCCCGCCGAGCUCCACUGCACCUUCCGCUACUUCACCGCCGUGCCGCCGCGCAUCCCGCCGGGCGCGCAGCGCAUCAACCUGGGCUACAACAGCCUGCGAAAACUCAGCCCCACGGACUUUGCUGGCCUGGAGAAACUGGAGCUGCUGAUGCUGCACAGCAAUGAGAUCAGUGCCAUCCCUGGGAAGGUGUUCAGUGAUUUACGGUCACUGCAGGUAUUAAAAAUGAGUUACAACAAGGUCAGAGUGCUUCAGCAGGAUGUAUUUUACGGCCUGAACAGCUUGGUACGGCUGCAUAUGGACCACAAUCAAAUUGAAUUUGUGACUCCCAAUGUUUUUUACGGGCUCACUUCCUUGAGGUUGGUCCACCUGGAUGGGAAUUUACUGCAGCAGCUGCAUCCAGACACUUUUGUCACCUUGCGCUAUAGUCAAAUAUUCAGAAUAUCAUUCCUGAAGCACAUCUCUCUGUCUGACAAUGUGCUGACUUCACUUCCACAAGAGAUGUUUUCCUACAUGUCAGAGCUGGAGAGCAUUUACCUCCACGGAAACCCCUGGUCCUGCGACUGCAGCCUGCAGGGGUUUGCAGGGUGGGCACAGGAGAGACCAGAUGUUAUAAAGUGCAGAAAAGAGAGAAGUUCUGGUGUCCAGCAAUGCCCAGUCUGUGCUAGUCCCAAAAGUCACAAUGGGAAAAGUUUAGUGGAUAUUCCUUCUGCAUCUUUCACCUGCACUAAGCCAGUCAUCCAUGACUCCCUGAAAUCCAGGAACCUCACGGUGCCUGACGAUGGGGAUUUCAGUUUCGUGUCUCCCGAGGACUUGGUAGCUCUAAUAGGAUCUGUGGUUUUGAAUAUGACUGACCAAGCAGGAAAUCGAGGCAACUUGGUUUGCAAUGUCCAGAGACCUAAAGAAACGUCUCCCAUCUCACUUGACAAAAAUGGCCCCAGCAGAGUGCUCAAAACCUCGGUCUCAGCAUUGCUGGUGUGUGACAUUGAUUACGGGCACAUCCAGCAGCUCUGGAGCAUCCUGGCUCUCUACAGCAGCUCUCCCUUGAAACUGCAGCAAACUGUGCAGACAGCUGACGAGCCUUUUGUUAGCUACAAAUACAAGCAGAUCUACAGCGAGAAGGAUGAGCUCUUCACCAGCAUCGAGGCUGACCUGCGAGCUGAGCCAGCGUGGCUGAUGCAGAGCACAGUGGCCCUGCAGCUGGACAGGACAGCCACCACGCUCAGCACGCUGCACGUCCGCUACGCCGCCGAGGCCCACCUCACCUUGCCCAGCGAGGACAGGGACCAGGGGAGACACGCGUGGGCCCUCAUUUCCAGGGACAACAGCACCCAAACGGAGCACACCGUGCUGGUCGGGGGCACCGUGGAGCUGGGGUGCCGGGCGGCUGGGCAGCCAGCUCCUGCCCUGGAGUGGGUACUGGCCGACGGCAGCAAAGUGCGAGCUCCUCACCUCAGCGAGGACGGGCGGAUCAUAGUGCUGCAGAGCGGGGUGCUGACGCUGCGGACAGCUGACGUGUUUGACUCGGGGCUCUACCGCUGCAUCAGCACCAACCACCAGGACGCCGAUGUGCUCGCGUUCCGAAUCACGGUGGUGGAUGCCCAGGUGGAGCAGGGCGGGGUCAAUGGAGCCCGGCUGUCGGCCGCUCUGGGCAGCACACUGCACCUCCCCUGCACGUCCACGGCUGCCCCGGACGCUGCCGUGACCUGGGUGCUGCCUGAGCACACGAUUCUCCGUCAGUCUGCUGGAAACAAACAUAUUUUUGCCAAUGGCACCUUGAGAAUACAAGGAGUGACACAGCGAGACGUGGGCUACUUCCGAUGUGUGGCAGCCAACCGGUACGGUGCUGACCUUUUGGUUUUCCAAGUGACGGUGAGACAGGAUGAAACCGCUCUGAAGGAAAAGCAUGGAGCUCUGGGAGAGUGGGAGGAAGGCUCUGGCAAUGAACUGCUGCGCUCUGCUGCAGCACAGAGCCAUCCCUCGGGCACUGCAGCCACCCUGAGAGCUGGCAGGGAAUCUGCUGCACCAGGCAGUGCCCGUCGGAGGAACAGCCACGGGAAAACGCCCCACCACAGAGACAGAACAGGCAGGCGCUUCAGGGGACACAGGAGACAGUUUGUUUCCUCAGGCAGGAGAGCUGAUCCACAGCGCUGGGCAGCCUUGCUGGAGAAAACAAAGAGGAACUCGACAGGGACAGACAAACGAGGAGAAGCUGCAACAGAACCGCCCAUUCAAGUCCGUAAGCUCUCAGAGGUACCCGAGGAGCAGGAGGAGGAGACAUCUGGUGAUCUCGUGUCUCCAGAAGAAGAAUUCAUGAUACCAGCAAGAGAGAGAUCCCCAGUAUCUGCUCUGGGCAGAGCAACAGAACUCACAAUCACUGCAGGGCCUGAGGAGACAGCGAAUCCCCCUCCUGCCUGGAGCAGCUCCCUCCUGCUCCCAGAGCCACCAACUCCCCUACCCUCACCUUUCCCACACUCCAUGGCACCUGCCAGCAGCAGGCCACAAACACUUCCAAAACCUACAGACUCAUGGGAAAGAUCUGAUUUGAGUCAAAUAUCAGCAAAUGGUGUAAAACAGCCAACUGCACCAAUUGGAACAGCCACACUCUUUCCUGCUGGGCAAAAGCCAUUGUAUUCUGGGGAAAGCAAUAACCAGAACCUAAAGUCUGCAUCCACAACACCCACAACAGAAGCUACAGGUGCCAGCAAGGCUGUAACUCCCCAAAACACAGCAGACAACUUACAUAUUUUUACUGAGUCUAUUGACAAUAUCUCCACCAAAACAGAUCACCAAGUCCCUGUGGAAACAGUCGAUGCACCAAGCUCUGAAUUUGGCCCCAUUUAUUUUCCUAGUACUCAGAAAGGAGGAACCCCUAAUCCACCACUGGCCUCAACUUUCACUACUCGUCAGCAAAUUCAGGUGAUCCAGGACAUUCCAACCCAUCCACCCCAGCUCCAGCAGCACCACGGCAGACAAAGGAAAAUUUCUGGUUGGAGACGAAUUGUUAGACCAGGACGUAUCCCAGGUGUGAAAGAGCACCGAUACAACUUUGGGAGGCCAGGGUCUGCCAGAGGAAGCACAGCUGUGGCUACAGGUGUUCACCUGAAUAUUAACUCUGUAUCAAAUGUACCAACCUUAAAUAACUUGAGCAGUUCCAUCAAUCCUUUUAGCUCAGAAACACCCCAGUCUUCCCCCUCCACCAUGAAAAUGCCAUUGGAGCACCCCGUGGGUACCCAUCAAAACACAGCAUUCCCCAGGGAAGAGGAAAAGGAACAUAGUGCAAGGCAAAAAGCUGCUACCACAGUCAUGUCUGUCACUGCAGAGGACACUGCCACUGCUGCAGCCAGGGGAUUGGGUGUGAUGGGCUUGAAGCCCCCAGGUACACUUGUUAUUAACCCUCAAACCAACACCAGAAUCACCAAAACUAAAACCCUCAGGGUGGGAGGAAGGAGAGGUCAGAGGAGGAAGAGGCCUCCUAAAACUCCUGCCCCACAGCGUGUGGCUGCAGCCCAGAGCACUGCAGCUACCCCUGCAGCCAUCCCUGCAGCCCAGGGCACUGCAGCCAUCCCUCCAUCCCUGCAGCCCAGGGCACUGCAGCCAUCCCUGCAGCGAGCACAGCCACCCCCACAGUGA